AUGAAGAACUUGAAAGUCUUGAACAAGUCCAGAAUUGUUGCAGAUUCACAGACGUGUCCUGAUCUGCCAAUUUUGGACUCCUGUUUUGACCUAAUCUCAGAUUCUCUGACUUUGGCAUUGGGUUCAGAAGAAUUUGCUGUCAUCGAGAUUCAGCAAUUCCAGAAAAAUGGUGCAGUCCGUGUCCUGGCUUCUGUUCCUUUUCGGGAAGGUGACACUCUCUUGAGCUUGUCUCAUUUUGAGGACUCCAAUCAGCUAGUUCUUAUCUUUUCUAAGGGUGAUAUCAUAACUGCAACCUACGAUCCUUCAAGUCUUGACAUAGACCAAACUUUCGUUGAAAUUAUCGGAAGUAUCGAUUGUGGUAUAAAGUCUGCAAAAUGGUCUCAUGAUGAAGAGAUUUUAUCCAUUGUCACUAAUGAGCAUAACCUUCUACUUUUCUCAAGAUUCUUAGAUUUGGUAUUGGAAAAAAAAAUCGAUCCUUCAGAUUUACAAUUAAAUAAUCAAGUGUCUUUAGGUUGGGGUAAGGAAGAGACUCAGUUCAAAGGUAGAGGUAUCAAGCAAAUAGAAAGAGAACGAAAGAUAUUGAAAAAUGCUGGACUUAAUAUAGAUAGUGAAAACGCAAUCUUAUGUGAUCCAACAAUCAAAGAAAUACAGGCGGGUAAUCUAUCUAAGUUCGACUCCCAAUCUUACGAGAUUUCUUGGAGGGGAGACUGUCAGUUUUUUGCCAUUUCUUGUAUAGAAACACUGCCUGAAAAAGAUCAAACCAGAAGGGUGAUUAGAGUCUAUUCAAGAGAGGGAGAUUUGAUAUCGUGUUCUGAACCAAUCGAUGGCCAAGAACACUCGUUAUCUUGGAAGCCUCAAGGAUCUUUGAUUGCUUCCACUCAGAGAAGAUUCGAGCCCGAAAUAAAUGAUUUGGUUUUAGAUGUUAUCUUUUUCGAAAAAAAUGGCCUAAGGCAUGGUGAGUUUGAUUCUAGACUGAACGCAUCACUCGACAAUAUCUACCAAAUUGACUGGUCUUCCAAUAGCGAAUAUCUGCUUUUGCAACUAGAAUCUUCAGUUCAGCUCUGGUAUGUCAAGAAUUAUCAUUGGUAUCUAAAGCAAGAAAUUUCAGCUUAUAAUAACGAGAAGAUUCUAUUUACAAAAUUUCAUCCUGAGAAACCUUCCAAACUUAUGAUAGGUACCUCUGCUUCAAUUGAAAUUGUUGACAUGUCUUAUACAACCACCAAGGGGUGUACUUCGCCACCUCACGAUGCGGGUGUGAACUUAGUGAUUGAUGGUAUGACAUGUAUGUUAACUCCAUUUGCAAAGGCUAGCGUCCCUCCUCCCAUUGCUUACCGCGAUAUAGACGUGGACGAACGUUCGAUAAAUAGUGUUUCCAUCUCACACAAUAAUAAACUCAUUUCCAUACUGACGAGCUCAUUUCUUUAUUUAUUCCAUGGCGAUGAAAACUGGGAUUUUAAGUUGACUGAUAGAUUUCGAAUCACAGACAUUUCCCAAAACUCAAUCUAUCCAAGGCAAGUUACAAUAGCUGGAAAUGAUAAGGUUUACGUACUAUUUGAUGAAGUUUUAAUGAAUCUAUCUAGUAUAGCCGAGUUCGAAGCAGGAGGUGAUUCUCUUACUUUGAAAAGGGUCACUCCCGUGCCUAGCACUAAGGUCAUUACGUUGUCUACAGACUUGGAAUUCGAAAGUCUGGUUUUCGAAACCAUAGACGGUUCAAUCUUUAGUUUGGAUGCAAACUCAGAGAUUUUAUCGUUGGGCCAGUUUCCUCAAAUAUGUACUGAUUUCAUUGUGGCCGAUCUAACCAAAACAGAAGAUGGCUCUGAAAACGACACUUUCCUAUCAACAAUAAAGGUACCAAUCGGUUUAAUGUCUAGCGGUAAAUUGUAUGUCAAUUCCAAAUUGAUCAGUCAAGGUGUUACGUCAAUGCUAGUCACUGGUUCUUACUUACUGUACACUACAGCACAGCACCAAUUGAAGUUUAUUCACUUGCUACAAAACGAAACGCUUUACAACGAUGAGGAGUUCAAGGAUACUGUUGCCAGUGAGACAGACGUAAACUUUGGCCUUCAUGAUGAAAGAAUCAGAAAUAUAGAAAGGGGCUCAGUAUUAGUCAAUGCAAUUCCUUCUAAAUCAUGUGUGAUUUUACAAGCUCCAAGAGGUAAUUUGGAAAGCAUUUAUCCUAGAAUUAUGGUUUUAAGCGAUGUUCGUAAAGCCAUCAAAGCAGCAGAUUAUAAAACUGCUUUUUUGACUUGUAGGGUUCAUAGAAUUGCAUUAGAUAUUUUACACGAUUAUGAUCCAGAACUAUUCUUCAAAAACGUUGAGAAAUUUAUAAAUCAAUUGGGAAAAGUUGAAUAUUUAGAUUUAUUCUUAUCUUGCUUGUUGGAGCAAGACGUUUGUGAAACCAAAUAUAAAGAAAGUACUGGCUCUAAUACUACAACAGCUCAAGAAAUCACUGACAAUUUAAGUAAGAUUAACCUGAAUCGUACGGAAAAAGGUCUUGAAAAGACCAGAAAAAUCUGUGACGCAAUUUUAGAAGUUCUACUUAACAACAAGAAAUACAAACAGCAAUAUUUACAAUCUAUAAUCACAGCGUAUGCAGCUCAGAAACCGCCAAGAACUCAGGAAGCCUUGGAACUAAUUUCUACCUUUGACAACGACCAAGAAAUUGAGAAGUCAGUCCAGCAUUUAUGUUUCCUAUUGGAUGUGAAUAAAUUGUACAAUAUUGCAUUGGGUAUAUAUAACAUUCCGUUGGCAUUAGUGGUUGCACAGCAAAGUCAAAAGGAUCCGAAAGAAUAUUUACCUUUUUUGCAAGGGUUAUAUGAGGAAACAGAGUUGAGGAGACGUUUUAUGGUCGAUUCCUAUUUGAAGAAGUUUGAUAAGGCUUUGAAUUCUUUGAUACAAAUACCAAUUUCAGAAAAGCAUGACAUCAAAGAAGAGAUCAUUGAGUUCAUUAUUGAACAUGAAUUAUACAAGCAUGCUUUAUCGUUAUACAAGCAUGAUGAAGAAAAUUUCAAUGUGAUACUAAGACACUAUGCUAGCUUUUUACAGGCAACGCAGAAGUACACUCAAGCAGCUAUCAUUUAUGAGAAAUUGUCAAAGUUCGAGGAAGCGUUAGACAAUUAUAUCUGGGGCAAAAAGUGGAGAGAAGCAAUCAGUAUUGCUUUGAAGCCUGAAUACAAAGAAUCAAAACUGAUUGCUACAUGUAAUUCGUUGAUUGAAAGUUUAACUUUAACCCAUGAGUAUAAGGCUGCUGCAUACAUAAGUUUCAAAUAUUUGAACAAUAUCAAGGAAGCAUUGGAAUACUACGGUAAAGAGUAUGAAUACUCCACUGCAAUUCAAUUAUGCCUCGAGGAAGGGAAGCCGGAAUUGAUUGAAGAAGUUGUCGAUCCCUCAAUAAGAGAAGGUUUUGGCUCAAUUGCAGAGUUGCUUGCAGAUUGCAAGGGGCAAAUCGAGUCACAGUUGAAGAGGCUACGUGAUCUACGUGAAAAGAAGAAUCUAGAUCCUUAUGCAUUUUAUGGAGAGAUUCGUGGGAAUGAAAACACACCAGAUAAUGUAUCGAUUGCACCAUCUGAGACUUCGACCAAGGAAUCUUUCUUCACUAGGUAUACGGGUAAAACCUCCGGUACUGCCAAAACUGGAGCAUCACGUCGUACUGCCAAAAACAAAAGAAGGGAAGAUAGAAAACGUGCUCGUGGUAAGAAGGGAACGAUUUACGAAGAAGAAUAUCUUAUUAGCUCCAUAGGUAGAUUGAUUGAUAGGUUGGAAAUCACAAAACCUGAUUCAAUCAAGCUCCUCGAAGCCAUGGUUAAGAGAAAUAUGGUAAGCCAAGCUUAUCUCAUUCAAAGCAACUUUGUCGACAUUUUACAACUUUUAAAGGACACUGUUGUAGAGAUAUACACAGUUGACAAGCGUGACCGUGAAAGAUUGGAUGACAAUGGUAUGAUAUACUAUGUUGACGAAAUACCUGUACCGGUCAUCAAGGACUUUCCUGCUCUUGAUGUUCUUGACUUUUAA